GUGGCGGGGGCGAGCCUGGCGCAUUCGCUCGGCGGCGAGGGUCGCAGGGUGCUGUGCGUGGAGCGAGACUUGAGCACGCCGGAUCGAAUCGUGGGGGAGUUGCUGCAGCCGGGAGGGUACUUGAAGCUCAAGGAGCUUGGGCUGGAGUCGUGCGUGGAGGGGAUCGACGCGCAAAAGGUGUAUGGAUACACGAUGUUUAAAAACGGCGAGGUGGCGACGAUGACGUACCCGCUCGAGGGGCGGUCGGACGACGUCGCGGGGCGCAGUUUUCACAACGGGCGAUUCGUACAAAAGCUUCGCCAGGCGGCGAUGAAGGUUGAGGGCGUCGAAUUGCGUCAAGGCACGGUGAAGAAGCUGUUGAAUCGCGAGGGUGGCGAUUGGAAGGAGGGCGAAACCGUCGGCGGGGUGUCGUACACCGUCGGCGACGUCUGGGACGAGAAGAAGCAACAGGUGAUACCCGGGCCCAGCGUCACGAAAACCGUGUUUGCGCCGCUUACGAUCGUGUGCGACGGCCACUUUAGCAGUCUGCGCUCCAAACUGAGCCCGCAGGCGUCGCCGGACCAUCCGAGCCACUUUGUCGGCGUGAUUUUAAAAGGCGCGCCGAGCGAUUUACUUCCAAACGGCAGCCACGGACACGUGGUGCUAGGCGACCCGUCGCCCGUGUUGUUCUAUCCGAUCUCCUCGACCGAAGUGCGAUGUUUGGUUGACAUUCCGGCGUCGGUGAAGAUGCCGAGCGUGGCCAAAGGCGAGAUGGCCAAGUACGUGCUCGAGAAAAUCGUGCCGCAGGUUCCGGAGCAACUCCAGCCGCACUUAAUCAAGGCGGUCGAGAACGGGCAGUUUAGAUCCAUGCCAAAUAAAACGAUGGCGGCGAAACCGCAGCGUACGCCCGGUGCCGUGAUGUUGGGUGACGCAUUCAACAUGCGUCACCCGCUCACCGGCGGCGGCAUGACGGUGGCGCUCAACGACAUCGCCACCUUCAAAUCUAUGCUCUCGCCUUUACCCGAUUUCUCAGACGCAGCGCUGACCGGGGCGAAACUUGAUGAGUUUUAUCGUCAUCGCACGCGUCCGGCGCUGACUAUCAACACGUUGGCGAACGCGUUGUACGCCGUCUUUUGCUCGAGCGGGGACACGAGCAUGGAGGAGAUGCGUCAGGCGUGCUUCGAGUACCUCAAGCUCGGCGGUAGCUACGCCCGAGGUCCGAUCGCGCUUUUGGGCGGUCUUGAUCCGAAUCCGCUCAAUUUGGUCAGUCACUUUUUCAGCGUCGCGCUCUUCGGCAUCGGUCGCCUCAUGGUGCCGCUUCCGACGCCCGAGCGCUUGUUUAAAGGCGGCAACAUUUUAGCCGGCGCGUGCAAGAUCAUCUUCCCGAUCGUCAAAGGCGAAGGGUUUACUCGUAUGUUCUUCCCAGCAUGGCUCAGAACGCGUUUAGGGAUUAUUUAA